AAAAAAUUGAAAAAAGAAAAAUAAAUGAAAAAUUUUUAACCGAAGGGGGGCUGCACAAAGCUCGAAUAAUGAGCAUUGGAAAGGGGCUACUACGGUGUUCUGGAUCGAAGUAGCCUAUUAAUUAGAUAUUCAAAAGGCAGUGAAAGGGCAGUAAAAGGUUUUGAGUAAUGAUUUGCAAUACCUGUGGGCAGCUAACAAAACAAAAGAAAAAUGGGAGAAAGGUACCUUUGUGAGAUGUUUCAGGCUGUUUGGUUUCAAUAUGGCUACUGUUUUAGUUAGGAGAUGUUAAUUACAUGAGUAAGUAUAUAAAGAAGGUGAAUUCUUCAAUAUAUGGCUAAUUUGUAGAGUAGUAAGUUUAAUCACUAGUCAUUCCUUUAACAUUGAGCUUCGCUUACUUUGAGCUUUUCUUACUCUAGUCUUUCCUUUAGUCUUUCCUUAAAAACUUACCAUAGUCUUUCCUUACUGAAAAUGAAAUUUACUUUAGCUACUUCCGCUUUUCUUGCUCUCUUGAGUUUUGCAGCUACUAGUCCAGUUCCUGCUCUUCAUAUUGUCACUGAAACCCAUACUGUCAUUGCUACCGUUACUGGUGGUAAAGGUCAACCAACCCAAGCUCAAACUCAAGCUACUCCAACUCAAACCGAAGCUCAAACCGAAGCUCAAACUGCUCAAACCGAAGCUGCUCAAACCGAAGCUGCUCAAACUCAAGCUACUUCUGCUGCUCCUUCUCCAAAUACUACUCCUCAAUUUCCAACCACGUCUACUCCAACCACUACUUCCUCCACCUCUUCUUCUACCUCUUCAGCUUCUGCCUCUUCCGGCUCUAGCUCAGGUAGUAAACAUGGUCAAGGUACCUAUUACGAACCUGGUUUAGGUUCUUGUGGUAAAACUUCUACCAGUGAAGAUAAAAUUGUCGCUGUUCCAAUUGGUCUUUACAACUCUAAAAACGUCGGUAACACCAACGAUAAUCCAUUAUGUGGUAAGAAGAUUAAAGCCUCCUACGAAGGUAAGUCUGUCGUUGUUACUGUCGUUGAUGCUUGUCAAGGUUGUAAAGAAAAUGAUUUGGAUUUCUCUCCAAGUGCUUUUGAAUCUAUUGCUGAUAAGGAUUUAGGUAGAAUCGAAAUCUCUUGGGAUUGGUUAGAUUAAAACCAUCUUUUUACAUAGUUUACGUUUCUUUAUGUCAGGUUUAAUCAUAUAUUAUUUUGGGUA